GUUCGGGCGGAGAGGCGUAGUCUCGGGGGAGAUAAGCGUUGGUUCCUAGCAAGACCAAAAUCGAGACCACGGCCACAUCGGGGCGUCGGUAUAAAGCAGCGCUUGCUUUCCUUUGUUUUUCCUCAGACAAGGCCGAGCAGACAUUCGCCUUCACCUGCCCUUUGCUUUCCUCUUAUGCAACGUCUCAAACAUCUCAACUGUCUCACCUUCUCUUCCAGUUGUUCUUACAGCGCCAUGUAUGUCACCCUGGAGAAUAUCACGUACUAUCACCCUCCUCUCUCUCUCCCUCCCCCCGCCUCUGUCCCCACG